UCCAUUCUUUUAACAUUUGCUAGCUAGUACGAGUCGUAAGACGGGUAGAUAUAUAGGAAGGAGAACGCGUUGGUCGGGCAAGACGGGUCUGCCGGUCUGGAUGCUCGGGUUGGGCGCUGGUAACUUGGAAGCCGAUAUGAACCGCUUGAUUGCGGUUCUCUUCCACCAGGGGGUGCUGGACGAGCAGUUCAUACAGCUGCGUCAACUGCAAGACGAUUCGUCCCCAAACUUCGUAUAUGAGGUGGUCACCAUCUACUUCCGGGAGUCGGAAAAACUUCUUAGGAAUCUAAGAGCCCUGCUCACGGACAGGGAGUGCACUGACUACAUGAAGAUAGGCAUACACCUGAACCAGAUGAUGGGCAGCAGUUCCAGCAUUGGUGCUAAAAGUGUUAGAAAUGUCUGCGCUGCCUUCCGAACCGCCUCCGACCACAGCAACUGGAUUGGAUGCAUUAGGUCGUUGGAGGUGUUGGAGCACGAGUACUGCUACCUCAAGAACAAAUUACACGAAUUCUUGCAGAUCGACCAGCAGAGGAUGAUAGUAGCUGGGGUCAGGUAUCAUCCACUGCUGCAGCAAUGACCUUGUUCACCUGGCAAGCCUUCUCAAAUUAUAGGCGCAGCCAGUAAUACUUCACACUUUAUCUCCAUCUCCAUCGCAUUAAUCUUGUACUGCUCCGAACCAAU